UAUUUGUUUUAUUAUAAUUUAGAAUGUUAAAAAGUAUACACAAAUGGCAAUAUGACUGACACAAACUCUUUGUCCAAUCAAGCAGACAAACUGAAGUUGUUAUUACAAAAAGAUGAUGAACGGUGCAGAAGACAGGCAAUUAUUGAUAUCAGUGAUAGAAACAAAUAUUCUGGUGUUCACAUUCCAAAUGCAACUGACAUUGCCCCAUUAGUUGACAACCAAGCUUCAGUUGAGCAGCAGUUGCAAGAGCAAGUCAACUUUUACCAGGAUGCACUUUUAAAGUUAAAAGAACGAUCAGAUGAAAUAACCAAUGAAAAUGCAAGAUUAUAUCAAAGAAUGCGUGACAGUGUUGUUCUGGAUAGUAAUGUAGCAAAUUUGGAUGAUGACGGUGUUGUUUCAACUGAUGAUGAAAACACCAGUGUUGAUGACAAGGAGACCAAAGACAAUGAUCUUAAAAGAACCUUUCCAGCAAAAACAAAGGAGAGACUUCUAAGAACGAAAAAUGAAUGUAGAGCUAAUAAAAACGUGUCAAAAGAUGAGGACCAUGUAGAUGAUGGUGUUGUUUAUAGUAUUCCAACUGAAUUUUCUGGUCAUGAUAUGCUGUGUGAAGAGAUAACAAAAAUGCAGUAUGUAUACGAAACAAAAACGAAACACUUAUCAAACUUGCUGAAAGAUACUCGUAGACAAGCAGAGGAGUACAAAGAAGAAAUAUGGAAACUUAAAUCUGAUGCAAAGAAUGUAAAAACAUUUAGUAGAGAGGGUGGCGUUGAGUUGUACUGCAGUCGUUGUGCAGUUGCUGAAACUAAUUUGCAACCUGCUGCAGUUACGUUAGAAAAAAAAAUGAUUGAUCGAUUGACAAGAGAGAGAAAUGAAUUGGUUGAAAGUAUUAAAAAGCAAAAAGACGUCAUAACUGCCGGAAACCGUCGUGAAAUGGAAGCUUAUCAUCAAGUGAAAAAAAGUUGUGAGCUUGUCCAGCAGGCCCAAAUCGAAAAGCAGGAAGCCCUUGUUCAAUCAAAACAACUGCAGAGAACUUUAGAUGAAUAUAUAGCAAGAUGUCAAAAGCUACAAAAGAAUGUUGAAGGGAAUCAAGUGGAGAGGAAAAGCAAGGAAGACAUGGAGGAAGUGAUUAUAAAUUUAAAUAAAAAGGUUGAUGAAUAUACCAACUUGACGAGUGUUCUUCAAGUGCAAACUGAGAAAAUGGCAAGAGAGAAGGUUGACUUAGAAAAGGAGUUGGAGAAAAUGAAACUGCAUAUCAUGACUCAAAAGGCUGAAACAGCAGCGAUUGUUGAAGAUUCGCGUAAGGAAGUGAUGAAUGCAUUUAAAGAGAAGACUUUGAUUGAACAAGAAUCGCACCAAUAUCAAUUAGAUUUGAAGAAGAGAGAAAAACAAAAACAAAUGGAAGUCGAUCAACUUUCAUUGGAACUCCAAGAAACGAAACGACGUCUUCAAUUGAACGAACAAACACUUCAGCAACAACAGAACGAAGUUUUUCGUUUAACAAAAACAACAAACUCUUACUCACAACAGUUGCAGAAUGAGAAGUAUCAGCGGCAGAUAGAAAAGCAGGCGUUUGAAGAUGAAAAGAAGAAGCUCCAGUAUGAACGUAAAGAAAGAGAAGAAGAGAUUGCUUUCAUGUUGCAAGAAACAGACCAGCGGUACAGUGCAGCGAAGCAGGAAUUAACAAGUCUUUUGGAUUCACAGUCAGACAUUGUAACUAAGUAUCAGGAAGAAUACAAAAUACUCCAUAACAACAUGUUAGCCGAAAGAAGAAAAUUUCAGGACAAAUUGACCGAUUUAGGCGGUCGAUGUGAAGAAUUGGAGAAACAAAUGGCUGAGCAUGAUACGAACGGUCAGAAGCAAGAAGUUGUUAUCCACAACUACCAGCAGCAAAUCACACACUAUGAAACAGAACUGGAUGAUUAUAAAGAGCAAAUUAUUAUUUUGAUGAACAAACAAAACAUGAUUUUAAGAGAUCGAAAUUUAUUAUCGAAAGAGGUUGAGUUGUUGCGAAAUCAACUCAAUGGCUUUACUGCCAGAUAGGCAUGCUUUUCUUGCGUGAUGAUGGAGUAAGCACUAGUUUUAGCAGUGUAAAAAGUUCCAGCGUUUAAUGCUGUAUUAUGUUGUAUUUAUUAUAUUUAUAUUUUUUUGUUAUUGUAAUUUUUAUAUUUUAUAUAGAAUAUGCAUUGUUAUAGAA